GUCUUGUUGCCUGCCCUGUGUUGUAAAAUGAGGGUCCCUUACUGCAUUAUCAAGGCAAAGGCAAGACUGGGACGUCUAGUCCACCAGAAGACCUGCACCACUGUCGCCUUCACACAGGUGAACUCAGAAGACAAAGGCACUUUGGCUAAGCUGGUGGAAGCUAUCAGGACCAAUUACAAUGACAGACAUGAUGAGAUCUGCCAUCGCUGGGGCGGCAAUGUCCUGGGUCCCAAGUCUGUGGCUCGCAUCACCAAGCUUGAAAAGGCAAAGGCUAAAGAACUUGCCACUAAACUGGGUUAA